UCCUGUCUCCCCGUCUCGCCGCUCAACUUUUUUUUCCGCCGACUUUCCGUCUCUUUCUGUGCGAGUUUGGGGGAGCGAAGCGCGGGGCUCUCGGGCGGUUCGGGCCCCAUGGAUUUUACUUAAAAACUUUGUCGAGUUCCGUCACAAGAGCGAGAGGCGGCGGUGGCCGGUCGUAGGAGCCCGUUCGUUCGGUUUGCCCCCCUGUCUGUCCCGUUCCGUCUGUGAAUCUCGUCUAGGUCUGUCUGUCCGUCCGGACCGACCGACCGACCGCUGUCUCGGCUCCUUGUUUGUUUACUUCUCUUCGGAAUUUUCUUUUCGCACCACUUUGACUUUGAAGUUUGAGCCGCCGCCGCCACAAGGCACAACCGGCGUCUCCGUCCGUCUCCCCCGCCGCCAUGUCGGAGCUCCCGCCGCGUCCCGCUCUCUGCUGCUGCCGCAAGGCGCUCCCGGGGGCCGGGCAGCCGAGCGAGGCGGGGGGCGGCGGGGGUCCGGAGCGCCUUUCCCGGCCCGACGUGGACGUCGCCUCGGCCUCCAACUUCCGCAGCUUCCGGCUGCUGCACUUCCACCUGGACCUGCGGCUCGACUUCGGCCUCAAGGAGAUGAGCGGCUGGCAGGUGCUCGAGCUCGUGCCGCUGGAGGCGGGCGCGCACACGCUCGUGCUGGACACGCACCCGUCCGUGCUCGUGCACGCGGUGGACUGCGCCGUGCCGGGGGCGCGCGGCUCGCCGGGCCGCUCCGUGUCGCUCACGUUCCGGGUGGAGCCCUUCUCCGAGUUCGGCUCGUCGCUGAGCAUCAGCCUCCCGCAGGGGGCGCUGCGCCCGCGCCGGCCCUUCCGGGUCACUGUGCGCUACACGACGACGGACGGGCCGGCGAUCUGGUGGCUGGACGCUGAGCUCACGUGCGGACAGACUCGGCCGCUCGUCUUCACGCAGGGUCACUCCGUGUGCAACCGUUCCUUCUUCCCGUGUUUCGACACGCCGGCUGUGAAGAGCACCUACUCGGCCACCGUCCGCGUCCCCGAGGGCGUCACUGUGCUCAUGAGCGCCUCCCACAGCGCGUACUCGGAAGAUGACGACGCCUUCCACUUCUCCAUGAAGUUUCCCGUCCCGGCCUACCUGGUGGCACUGGUAGCGGGAGACCUGCAGCCCGCUGACAUCGGCCCCAGGAGCCGCGUCUGGGCAGAGCCCUGCAUUCUCACAGGCGCUGUCAGCAAGCUAGGGGACAGCGUGGAGCACUGGCUGGGCUUGGCCGAAACGCUCUUCGGACCCUAUUUCUGGGGAAGGUAUGACAUCGUCUUCCUGCCACCAUCCUUUCCCAUCGUUGCCAUGGAGAACCCAUGCCUGACAUUCAUCAUCUCAUCCAUCCUGGAGAGCCAGGAGUUCCUGCUCAUCGACGUGAUCCACGAGAUCGCACACGGCUGGUUUGGCAACGCCGUCACUAACGCCUCCUGGGAGGAAAUGUGGCUCAGCGAGGGACUGGCUACUUAUGCCCAGCGGCGCAUCACCACCGAGGCCUACGGUGAGGCGUUCACCUGCCUGGAAACCGGGUUCCGCUUGGAUGCCCUGCACAGGCAGCUGCGCCUCCUAGGGGACAACCACCCCGUGAGCAAGCUGCAGGUGAAAUUCGAACCAGGUGUGAAUCCAAGCAGCUUGAUGAACCUGUUCACCUAUGAGAAGGGCUACUGCUUCGUGUCCUACCUGUCCCAGCUGUGCGGGGACACAAAGCGCUUCGACAGCUUCCUCAGGGCUUACAUCGAGCAGUUCCGGUUCAGGAGUGUGGUGGCUCAGGACUUGCUCGGCUUCUUCCUGUCUUUCUUCCCCCAUCUGAAGGAGACCUGCGUGGCGCAGAGGGAGGGGCUGGAGUUUGAGCGCUGGCUGAACGACUGCGGACCCCCCCUGUACGAGCCGGACCUCUCGGCGGGGGCGGUCCUCACCAAGCCCGUUCAGCGCCUCUGUGAGCUGUGGGGGGACGACACCCCCGACCUGGAGGCCAUUGCUGCCUUUGACCUCUCCUCCUGGAGCACCUUUCAGACAGUGCUCUUCCUGGACCGACUGCUGGACAGCACACCGCUGCCCCAAGAGGCAAUGACCCAGCUGUCGCGCUGCUACUCCUCGCUGCUGGACGGCAUGAACGCCGAGGUGCAAAUCCGCUGGCUGCAGAUUGUGGUGCGCAACGGCUUCUACCCGGACCUGCCCCGAGUGCGCAGCUUCCUGCACAAACACACGUCCCGCAUGUACACGGUGCCGCUGUACGAGGACCUGUGCUCCGGGGUCAUGAAGUGCUUCGCCGUGGAGGUGUUCUGCCAGACCCAGGGGCGCCUGCACCCCAACCUGCGCAGGACUCUGCAGCAGAUCCUUUUCCAGAGCGGCGCCGCCUCCAACGGCACCCCUGCCGGGAUGCUGCCCUCGCCGGCCCCCUCCCCCACGGAGCAGGUGCCCUCCGGACCCGUCUCCCUGCGCGACGUCAAUGUGUCGGCCUGAGGACGGGUGAAGAGGCACGUACUGGUGUGCCAGAGAAGCCUGGGACAGACUGGAGCAGAAGGCGCUGGGGAGACACACACUACUGUGUGCUCGCACGCACGCGCACACACACGCACGCGCACACACACACACCUACCUGUGCACAUCUUUAUUGUGUUGUGUCUCUAGCUCAGUGCUGAAGCUGCUCUGGGCUGGGUUGUGUUGGACUGGACUGUGCGUGAGGAGUGUGUGUAUGAGCGAGAGAGAGAUUCCUACCCUGACUGGACACCCUCGGUCAGCAGCAGUGUGAUGCGAUCUGCCUCUCCUGUGCGUCCUGGUUGAGGACAGAAGGGGGGGGUGAUGCAAGGCUCAGAGAUUAAAGAGCAGAUUUUAUAAGAACAAAGCAGCCGAAUGCUCAUAUUUAUGAUAAAACACUAUUUUAUGCGACUUUUUGGGUGUGUUUGGAGUGCAGAUCUCACUCCAGCAGAAGCCGUUUGUGGUUCCGUGUUCAGGUCAGGGUGGAUGGCCUGACUGUGUUCGUGCCUCUCGAACCCUCCGCACCGAGAUUCUUCUGCACAUUGUUGCACAACCUAUCAUGACAAGCUGGUAAAUGAUUUUAACAUCAGGGGUGGGGGGGUAAAUGGGGUAAAAGUUACCCAGUGUGAUUAUUUCCGUUUCUUCUGCUGUAUCUGAAUGUGUCUUGAACACCUGAGCAGUGGCCCCCUGAGGGUCGAUGGUCAGUGGCGCUGUUCUUCGCCACGACUGCAGCCGUUCAUCGGGUCACUGAUUUGCACAAGUCGCGUCUCCAGUGGACUUUGAUUGUUUGUACCUAUAAAGGCAGAUUUUCCUGCACGUGAGAGUCUCCUGGCUUUGUUGUUUUUUGGACCUCGUCCGGCAGAUGGUCGCUGACCGCCGCCUGGAUGUCACCGUCAUGCUCGCCAUCGCAGUCUCCUGCACUACUUUUAAAGAAUGACACGUGUACCGUAAAGUGAAUUAAUGCUUUAUGUCUAAUUCAUUUGCAGUGUUUGCAGUGCUGCUGCGACCAGCGGGUUGCUAUGGAAACUUGACUCAAGUAAAUUCUUUUGCGGUCCCGAAAUUCCACUGACCACGGCACAUUGAUUUGUUCGUGAUACUGCUCACAAUGACUCAUGAUGGAAGACUCCGCCGC